AGUCCUGUUUUCCACGCAGCUUUCGCGAGAUUUCCCAGAGCCUGGUUCCGUGUGGAGCAGCAUUUUCUUUGGCAGACGCAGACGAACAAAACCGAAAUGAAAUUUGCGUGCAGGUGAAGGCGGACGUAAAUCUCGUCGGCGUCCAGCCAGUCUGUGGAACUUCGGAGGGGCGGAUGUAGCUUCUUGCCGCCCCCUUCCCUUGCCUCCCUGGAACGUCUGCAUUGAGGUGACGCUCGGACAAGCGAGGGAAACUGGUAACAUGGCAUGACAGAUUCAAACUAUGACCUUAUAUUGGACGUAGGCCAGCACAGACUGUAACCUUCGAUCUUGUGGAGGCAUGUCGAAGAAAAGAGGCAGGAAACGAAGCAUCGGGGAGCUGAGCGAUGCCAGUAGCCCCGACCCGAACUGCAUUCUGGGUGUGCGCAUUCAACACAACUGGCGCGAGAAGGGAAACCAGAGCAAAUGGAAGGGGACUGUGCUAGAUCGACUCAGCGUCAACCCAUCGCUCUUCAUGGUUAAGUACGACGGCUUCGAUUGCGUCUAUGGCAUCGAACUGUUCAAGGACGACCGAGUGUCCAACCUGCAAGUCCUCUCGGAAAGUGUCGUAAACAACCGGAUCAAGAUCCCCUCAGGGGCAGAGGAGUUGGUGGGCAAAGCUGUGGAGCAUCUCUUUGAAAAGGAGGACGGCGAGAAGAAUGAGUGGCGAGGGAUGGUGCUCUCCAGAGCGCCAAUUAUGACCAAUUGGUAUUAUAUCACCUAUGAAAAGGACCCGGUUCUCUAUAUGUACCAAUUGUGGGACGACUACGCCGACGGAGACCUUAGGAUUCUGCCUGAAGCAGAAAACAAGCACCUGCUGCCCGCUGACAGGAAGCCUGGGGAAGAGACUGAGAGCCUGGUGGGCAAACAAGUGGAGUACGUGACUGACAAAGGCAUCAAGAGGACCGGCCUGGUCAUCUACCAGGUCCCUGCCAAGCCUUCGGUCUACUACAUCAAAUAUGAUGAUGACUUUCACAUCCAUGUCUAUGACCUGGUCAAAACCACCUAGAGGAAGAUGCACUUCCUCUUCCUGUCACUCCCUUUCUCAUCCUUCUAAAUUCUUAUUUGACGCCUUGGCAGAGUAGUCAGCGCGUUGUAAUUCAUGUAAGCUCUUUAUUUUUUCUUUGUUUGCACAGCACAACAGUAGCGUUUGCUCUACUUGACGCCCCAGCAUUUCCACUUCAAAAAGACCAUAUUUCCGUUUGCUGACACUCAAGUUGGGCUACAAUACGCGUUGGCAUUAAGUGGACUAACAGGGAGUUAAGUCAAUUAUAAGUGGAAUUAUACUUUCUUGUUGGGAUGAGUGGAAUAUUGCACAAGUGCUUUACAAGACAUUUAGUGUUUCGCCUCUAUUUGGCUUUGUAAUAAAGUGUGUCAUUAUUGCAGGGUAUGUGUUCUUUUAACCACCGUGCAUUCUUUGUACUGCUUAGAAGGUAGAAGGAUGACAUUUGCUUGCUUCCCAAUGACACUUUUCCACACAAAAAAAUAUCAAGUGCCUUCAGGCUCUUUUUUUUUUCCUCGCAAUACUGUACAUAUCUUAGAGCAGAGGUUGGGGAACCAUACACUAAACAGUAAACACAUACAAUCAGACAAUUGCUUCACCCACAAGCCCUAAUGAUACAAUGAUUUGUCAUAAUGGCCCUUCUGGAUAAAAGGUUGUCCACCUCUGUUUUGGAGAUCAUCAUGUAUGAAGGCUUUUAUUUUUGUUUGCAGUCAUGUCUUUUCACUCAGCAACUUCCGAACAAGCUUGCAGUCAAGUGUGUCCUGGUGUUUGUGUUUGGCAGUGAAAACAAAUUAUGAUGCAGUAUGGAAAAAAAACUUUGAAUACAAAAUCAACCAGUAGUGGUAUAAUCUCUGUUGAUAUUGUUGGGAGCACUUUAUCGUACGUUUACAUGUCUAGAAUAUUCCCUCCUCCACCCCGUCCAAUAAUAUGCUUCGUUUAAAGGCAUGAUGGUUAGGAAGAAAAAAAUAUUGCAGCACUUUCAGUAUUUAAUGCUUACAAGUUGUGUAAAAUUGUUGUGAAUAUUUCAUCCAAAUAAACCGGUAGCUCACACAAACUCUGAAUUGUGAUUUUUA